UUUGCCUUAGUUUGCAUUAAUUUGUAUUGUUCUAUUUUGUUUAACAAAUGAUAACCUUAAAUAAAUGUAAACUGGGCCUGGGAUCACCGUUGUAUGGUGGUUUGAAGUAGUGGUAGAUUAUUGGUUAUUGUUACUCAAAAUGGAAAGUGAAAAACAUGAGUUAAACAGCGAGGGAAAUGCAACCAACAUCAAACUGCUGGAGACAGAAGAUGAGUACAAACAGAGAUGGAACUCAAUACGAACUAUGUACUUCACCAUGUUCCUAAUGGCCUUAGGCUUCAGUGUAGUUUUGACAGGAGUAUGGCCCUACUUGGAUGAGCUGGAUCCAACAGCAGGCAAAGAGUUUAUGGGAUACGUUGUGGCCGCUAAUCCUCUAGCCCAGAUGAUCUUCUCCCCGUUGGUCGGUUGGUGGGGUAACCGCCGAGGCUCCGUCCGGCUACCAUUGGUCAUAUCUCUGCUCAUCUUUACUUUCGCCAACGCUGCCUAUUCGAUGCUCGAGGUGGUUCCUUCCUACAGGAAGUAUUGGAUGUUGCUGUCUCGGUUUUUCAUUGGUGUCAGUUCUGCCAAUAUUGCAAUUUGCCGGUCUUACCUGUCCGCUGCUACCAAACUCAACGAGAGGACCCAGGCUGUAUCUAUGGUGUCGUUAGCUCAAGUCCUUGGAUUUAUCGUCGGUCCAGGGCUGCAGGCUGCGGUUACACCCCUUGGGGAGCAAGGGAAGGUUCUAUUCAAGGGGUGGAUUACGCUUAACAUGUACACGGCUGCAGGGUGGAUCAACGUAUUGCUCGGAUUGUUCAACGCAAUUUUAUUUUCUCCGUUUUACUUCACUGAGAGAUACAUCGCAGCAAGAGAAGCUAUGAUAAUGGUCGGAGCUAAAUCAGAAAAAGCUGCAUGGAAAGGCUGCAAACCCGACUACCUGUGUGCUUGGACGAUGAUCAUUGCGUUCUUCAUCCUAGUGUUCAAUUUUGUCCUUCUUGAAACACUAGGCACCUCUUUGACAAUGGAUCAGUUUGCCUGGACCAAAUCCCAAGCGUUGUCCAACAUCGGCAUUCUUCUGUCUGCCGGGGGAGUGAUAGCUUGUGUAGCCUUCGUCCUCAUCAAGCCACUGUGCAAACACUUUAAUGAGUGCCGGGUGUUGGUGUGGGGAGGAUUUUUCUUGAUGGUUUUGGGAAGGGCUGUGUACAUACCAUAUGGAAAUGAUCCCCCAAUCAUUGCCUAUCCUACAAUGAAUGACACAGAACCUGUAGGAUGCCCUGUCAAGCAGGAUUGGUGUUCCUACACUCCUAAGAUGACCUUGGAGCAGUUCUUGCUCGGGUUCAUCCUAACAACCAUCGGAUACCCGGUGGGAAUCACUCUCAUUCAGACAAUAUUCUCAAAAAUCCUAGGACCCAGACCUCAGGGAGUGUGGAUGGGUCUGAUGACCGGAUCGGGUUGUCUAUCCCGAGUUCUAGGGCCAGUGUUCGUGUCCUAUGUCUACACGAGGUACGGCACCGUGUGGACUUUUGUCCUCACCACUGCUACGAUGUUGGCAGCCCUUCUGUGGCUACAGUGGCUCUCGGGCCGGAUCAAUCACGCCGUGACACACAUGGUGAAUGGGGCACAACCUCGCGCACCAGACAUUGACUGUGAAAUGCUUGACACUAUCAGUGAAGUUCCACUCAAUGUUAUUUCCAGAUAGCGAUAGUUUACCAUGCUCGCUGCAUGGAACAGACUGUUUAGCUUAAUUGUGAUAUGACUGAACAAAUUUAUAAUUUUAUAGUUUUUAA